GUCUGGCGGUAAAAAUAAAAAUGAGGAAGAGAGGAUGUCAAAAAAGUAACAGCACGACGGAACUUCAUUUUUUUUUUUUUUUGUAUUAUAUUUUAAAGUUCCACAUUAAUGACAAAUAAUUCUAUUUAAUUAUUGCUUUCUAACCUUAGUUGAGCGGUCACUAAAUUAAAUGGCCAUCAUCCGGGAGACACUUUACAUCAACAAGGAGCUGGUGGAGAUGAAGCAGAGGUUGUCAUCAGAGCUCCUGCAGCAUCUGAAGAAGAAGGCCGUCGGUAUCCUGACGUACUAUCAGCCGGAGCGGGAGAAUGAAAGCGAGGGUCUCAGGAGCGUGAAGCUUUCCAAACUUCCUGAACUGCUGGACGCUGAACAAAAGAGAGCCGAGAGCCUUACAGAGAAAAACCGAGAGAACGUCACGUUACUGCAGCGACAAACACACACGAACCUGUCUAGCCGAGAUGCUGGAAGUUCAGCUGGACACCUACACAAGAGACAAGAUAGCGGCUCAUAAGACAAUUACGGAGAAGCUGAGAGCGGAGCUGAAAUCCUCAGAGCUGGACAAACAGACGCUGGAGUCUAAGCUGACCUCCUUCCAGAUCUACGGCGAGGAGUUUGAGGCUCUCGCUGAGGAAUAUUCGAGACUGCGACGGGAAAUCAGCACCAAAUCCUGGGCGCUGAAGGAGUUCUCCACAUGAAUAACAGAAUCAGCUCAGCAUUGUGCUGUAAUGCUGGUCAAAGCUCUCAUCAGUUCUGUCCGGUCAUUCAUUCGAAUCCUGCUUCUGAAUUCAUUUGUUAUUCUUGAUCAUUUAAUAUUAUUUUACUAAUUAACCAGUCGAAAUCAACAAGUACAAGUGUAGUCAAAGUUGACUGUCAGCCGCUGUAUUAAUAAAAAAAGUCAAACUUGA